UCCACGAGAUCGCAAAGUGAGUCUAGGGCUCGCUGGCCCGGUGGCCAAGAUAUAGAACAAAAAAUGGGAAGGUGACAACCGCAGAGGUAGAGAACGAUGGAGUAGUUAAGUGACGUUCGCGACUUUGAUGAGAUUGUGUGGAGCGUGAGUGGCAUCGGAGAAACAAAGCGUUGAUCGUAAGAACUUGACUUAAGCUUGCCAAUGCCAGUAUCUUUCAUAGCAUCAGAGGCAGAUUCUCUCCAGCUGCAAGGGCAAGUGAAACAUGGGAGCUUGUUCCCUAGUGUCCCAAAGAUUAAAAAGAAGAUUAGAACUUGUUCUUCCCUUAAAUGUAACUACUUCAUGUUACUCUUCUUUCAGGGGCUCUCCUGUCAAUCCUGAGGAGUGCAAUUUCUUCAGCCUAUAUGAAUAUCAUUGGGCCUUCAGAAGUUUUAGCUGCAGACCUCUAAAAUCCUCUUUAUUUUCACAAAAUAGAAAUAUGCAGAUGCACAUACGCCCAUUCAGUAAUUUUUCUUUUGAUUUGUUCAAGAUUCAUCAUGGAAUCCCAGUGUCUAGAUUUCCUAGUGAUCUACGAAAUGGUCACCUUAGAGGCUGUUGCAAUCUUCAUGCCACACACCAGCUCGGGACAACAGGACAAAAUAUUGUGGAGAAUAACAGUAUAAUAAGUUCAAUAUCAGGUGCUGCUAAUGAUGCACCAAAACCAAAAAGAAAGAAGCUAAAAGGAAAAAGAGCUGUUGUGAGGUGGCUGAAAUUCUUCAGGUGGAAAAAGAAAAAGGAGUAUGAAAGAAUGACACCAGAGGAGAAGAUUUUAUUCAAAUUGAGGAAGGCUCGAAAAAAGGAGGAACGUCUUAUUGAAGCCUUGAAAAAGGUUGAACCCAAAGAUGACUCGGUUGCUAUGCAUGAUCCUGAGGUACUUACACCGGAAGAACACUUCUACUUGCUUAAGUUGGGACAAAAAUGCAAAAAUUAUGUCCCGGUUGGAAGACGAGGGAUUUUUCAAGGAGUUAUUCUUAACAUGCAUUUACAUUGGAAGAAACAUCAGACUUUGAAGGUUAUAGUAAAAACUUUUACUCCAGAGGAGGUCCAAGAAAUUGCAGCUGAGCUAGCUAGAUUGAGUGGAGGAAUCGUGCUUGAGAUCAGUGAGGAUAGUACAAUAAUAAUGUAUAGAGGAAAGAACUAUUCACAGCCUCCAACAGAGAUAAUGUCACCGAAGAUUACUUUGACGAGGAAAAAGGCCCUGGAUAAAUCUAAGUACAGAGAUGCUCUUCAUGCUGUUAGAAGGUAUAUCCCCAAGCUUGAACAAGAUCUUGAAGAUGUCCAUCUGGGGAUGAAGCAUGAUAAUGAAUACAAACCCAAACUAGCAAAUAUAGAAGAAAACACAGUUGCAGACAUCAAGAUGAAAUUCUCCGAGCCUGAAGAAGAAAAUUCUGUUGGAUUUGGAAGCAGAAAAGAUCGAAUGAGCAUGCUGCGAGAAAGCGAAUUAAGAAGCAAUAAAUUGGACGAGGAUGAAUACUCGAUGGAUUCGAGCGCCUUUUCAGAAUCAGAAAAUCUUUCUGAUAUUUUUGAAACGGAUUCUGAUGGGGGAAUGGAGGAGAAAGAUUCGCGCCCUCUAUAUUUGGAUGGAUUGGAGAGGUUUCCUUCAGAAGAUGAUGGAGCUGCUGAAGAUUUUCAGGAGCAUCUACGUCGGAUAUCUGCUGCUGCUAAGAGAGGUGGAUUUGGAGGGAAGGAUCUGAACAUUGCAGAAUUAGAUGAGAUUGACAAGAUUUUCUUGCGGGCGGACUCGUUGUUGAAGAGAAGGAGAUGAUGAUUAUAUUACUCUUUUUGUAUGCUAACUUGUUGAUUUGGGGGCAAUUGAAUUUGUUGUAUUUGGAGCUCAAGUGAAUCUUGCUGCAUUGUGAGCCCCUAAAUUUUGACUCUUGGAAUUCUUUAAUUUAUUUUUCAAUUGAUGUGCUAUGUCACCCAGCAAUCUGGCUGCAUUUACUUUAGAUUUGUAAAAUAAUGAAUUAUGAGUUCUUUCUUUGUAGGGAUACCAUUGGAAAAACUUGUAAGAAUAUCAGACAUGGAUUUA